AUGCAUAAAGUUGCCAUCAUCACGGGUGGAGACAGUGGCAUAGGCCUAUCCGUUGCCACAGCUCUCCUCCAACGAGAUGCGUGGCAUGUUCACAUCAUAGGAACAAAUCCUACGAAAGGAGAAAGAGCGCUUUCCAUCCUCGGCAACAAUGCUUACUUUUACCGGGAAGAUGUCACGAAUUACCAAGGUCUUGCAGAGGUGUUUGGAAGAAUAUUCGCGCGGGAGCAACGCCUUGAUUUCGUGUUCGCCAACGCUGGCGUCGUUGGUCGGCCGCAAUUUGAAUCAAUGCACAGCCAAGUACCGCCCUGCCUCGAACAGCAACCGCCGGCGCUAGAUCAAUACGUCUGCGACGUCAACUUCAAAGGCGUUGUCUCGACGGUCCAUUUGGCGCAGUACUAUUUUGCAAAAAACCUGACGGAGGACCAAAGCUUAGUGAUUACUGGUAGUUGCGCCAGCAUAUGGCCAGCUUCUUUGUACCCACUGUAUACAGCAUCCAAGGUGACGCAACCCUUUUCCAGUAUCCUAAACAAUGAUGCUAAUUUCUAA